AUGAGAUUCAGUUACUUUGCUCUCCUUGCUGCUGCGACAUCAGUAGCAGCUUCUCCGCUGAAGAAUGCGAAGAGAUCUUCUUCAUUCGAAUGGUUUGGGGCCAGCGAAUCCGGUGCUGAGUUUGGCUCCGGCAAUAUUCCUGGUGUCUAUGGAACCGAUUAUAUUUUCCCUAGCACAAGUGCCAUCCAAACCUUGAUUGAUGAUGGCAUGAACAUCUUCCGCGUGACAUUCCUCAUGGAGCGUUUGAUUCCAACUACUAUGACAGGAUCUUUUGACGCGGAGUAUCUAAGCAACUUGACCUACGUUGUGAACUACAUUACCGAGGCAGGUGCCCACGCUAUUCUGGAUCCCCAUAAUUUUGGUCGAUACUACGGCUCAAUCAUCACAAGCACAUCAGACUUCCAGACAUUCUGGGAAAAUGUUGCGAAGAAAUUUGCAUCGAAUUCAUUGGUGAUUUUCGACACUAACAACGAAUACCACGAUAUGGAUCAAACCCUUGUCUUUGACCUCAAUCAGGCCGCAAUUGAUGGCGUCCGCGCAGCAGGAGCAACAAGUCAAUACAUAUUUGUCGAAGGCAAUUCCUAUACAGGCGCCUGGACCUGGACAGAGUACAAUGAUAACCUAGUUAACCUCACCGAUCCUGAAAAUAAAAUCGUCUACGAGAUGCACCAGUACCUUGACUCGGAUGGAUCGGGUACCAGCUCUACCUGUGUCUCGAGCACGAUUGGUCAGGAGCGCGUCGAGUCUGCGACGCAGUGGCUUAUCGAUAACAAUAAGGUUGGUGUCUUGGGUGAAUUUGCUGGUGGUGUAAACACUGUCUGUGAGGAGGCGAUUGUGGGAAUGUUGGAUUAUAUGGAGGAGAAUUCGGCGGUUUGGAAAGGUGCUUUGUGGUGGGCUGCGGGUCCAUGGUGGGGUUCUUAUAUUUUCAGUAUGGAGCCGCCAAGUGGUGUGGCUUAUACGGGGAUGUUGUCGACUCUGGAGCCGUAUUUUGCAUAG